CCGCGGACAGAGGCACGAAUGAUGCAAAACGAUGAUGCACGACGCAAGCAGGGAUGCCCGUCAGUCUGCUGUGCUGUCGCUUGCUCCGCAGAGCCUCUUGGCAAACCGUUCUCGUGGAAACACAUGAUAACAUUGCGGGCCUGAUGGGACCAAGCGAUAUGACCACGGCACCACGACCCCCACGGCCCUGUAUGGUCAGCAUCGCAGCGGAGGGCGCGAGGUUUCGCCUCUUCUCUGUGCUUUUUACUCUGCUGUCGCUGUGCUGCUCUCCUGAAGGUCCCCAUGAGCCCCGAGAACUACUUGCGCCUCGCGUGGUUGUAGUGCGACAGUCGAACCCUCACGGCCAAUGCAUACCAUCCGCGCCAGUUUGGUGUUGCGAAGAUCUCGUUCGGUUGGACGAGCAGCUGAUUUCAUGCAUUAUUGGCGCUUUCUUGUUCAGACCACCACUCUCCAGGAACCAGUACGGAGAUAACUCUGGGUGCACUGUCAAACUGCGUUCCUGACUGUAUUCCCCCCUCAAAUGACGGCUUCACCGGAUUACCAAACGGUUCUCCGAGUCAGCGUUGGCUAGCACGUGAGGUACGUAUCGGCAAGAGGUACCACUUGGGCAUUGUCAUGUACGCUCCGCCACUCAGUAGUUUGUCUCAAGUAGCAAGACACUCCAGUCCCGUCAGCAGAUGCAUCGUGCCUUACUAGACAGGGGCCCUCUUCCCCAACGUUACUACUACCCGUCGAGGCGAGCCAUGUUGCGCGCGGGGUAGGAACAUUGCGUCUGGGGAAACCAAC